CUCCGAGUGACUGAGUCAUCGGGCCUUGAAUUUGACGAAGUCAUUAAGUGUCUCGUUAUCGAUCGAAACAUCUUCUUUCACUAAAAGAAUAUUCCGUCUUUAGGAGACACCAAUCAACAUCGUCCGCCACUUCCCGGAGGCCUUCCUCAUCAGGUUCUUCCACCGCCAUCACUGCUCUGAGGCGAUCUCGCGCCCGGCGCGGCCGUUCCGGGGCACCCGCAUCCAGCUCCGGCCAUGGCGGAUCGAGUCCCACGCGGAGCACGUCGACAUGCCGCACCAUGUGCGCCUUUGCCUCGAGGGGCUGCCGCUGCAGGCAUGGGACGCCCAGGCUGUAGCCUCUGCGAUCGGCACCAACUGCUCAAUAGACUACAUCGAGCCGGCGUCUUGCCUGAAGACGGACACAGAGGCGCUUUGCCUGUGGGCGUGGGCGACGUGCCCCAGCAAGAUUCUGAGGGUCAACUGGAUCACCCUACCGGCGCGCGAACGCGGCGAGCCGGUGUAUGGUCGGCGUGGUCUGCAGCACAGGGUCCUGCUUCACCUCUCCAUCCUUGAGCAGAAGGUGGGCGGGCGCACUGUUUCAGAGGGCUUCACCUGGCGUCGCAACAUCGUCGAUGGCGAGACGGUGCCCAGGGACCGUAGGAAGCGCAUCUCCCGCCCAGCGCCACGUCACGACAGGCGCGACAGUGACGAUGACGAAGACCGUCGCAGUGGUGGAGAUCGGCGUGGCCGUGACGCCGCCGCCGGCAGGAGCAGCUUGGGCACGCGCAUAAGGCGCAGCCUCUCCCGCAAUCACCGCGAAGAGCCGCGGAACCAAGACAGAGGCCGGGGCGACCGCGACAGGAGGGAGGACCGCGACAACCGUCGCCGUGAUGUCGUGGGCAUGCCGGCCGUGGUCCUGCAGGGCUCAGGCUCCACCUCCUCGGCUGCGGCCCGCAGCCUGGAGGACGACCCUACGGUGCCCGCACAGCAGCAGCUCCUUCUUGGCUCCGCCCCGACGGUGGUGGACGGUCCGGUGCAGCCGGUGCUGGCUGUGCGGAGAGGCCGCAGCCCGGCCCGGGCACGCUCGCCUGGCAUGAUCCGGCGUCGCUCCCAGGACAACCGGACGCCGCCUUCAUCACCACCUCUAUCACCAACGUCCGUGCUCCCGCCGGUACCAUGUUCAAAGCGGGAUAAGGCCAGGCGCUCCGCGUCCAUCGGCUUCAUUCCGUCCCACGCAACUCUGGAGCUUUGCUCCCCUUCCGUGCUGCUGCUGCCUUUGGCUUCGCCAGCAAGGCCGCCGGGGUUCGAGAGCUCGCCUACGCCGCCGCUUGUCCCCGCCGUGCCGGUGCGCCGCACACCUUCUCCCCCGCGCAGGCGGGUUGUGGUGGUGGCCGAUGCCGACCUCGAGCCGCUCUUCAGGGAGAGGGUGGAGGCCCUCCUCCCAACGCCUGCUCCUAGGCCUACAACAGCGCGUCGCAAAACGAUGGCUGGGGUGACUAUCAGCCGUGCCGGUGGGUUCACGCUGCAGAGGACAACCGCCAGGCUGCGAGUUGCUGGGCAGGCCAAGGUCACUCCGGUCGCAAAGGCGGCGGAGGCCAUGGUUUGUCGCGGUCUCGGCAUCACCAAGAAUGGCCAAGAUGUCACGGUGGAGAUGCUCAACGCUUUCACAGACCGUUUCAAAGAGCAACUUCCACCGGAGGUGAUCAUAGCCAUGAGAGACAUGUUUAAGCUGGACGAUGUCGGAGCGACUGCUGUUGAGGAUGCUCUUCUGCAACACGGAGGUGCAGGAGCGCUGGAUGUGGACAAUGGCCAGGACGCCAUUUGAGCAGUCCCUGGAUGGUUGUAGGGUAGCUAGUUUAAGAUGAUAGUGCAACCACUAUUAUGUAAUGCGGGGGUGUGGCGGAGUCUACCCAUGGCUAGCCGCUGGCCAUGUAUCAGGUUGUUAUGCUUGAACUAUUUGUGUUCCAUGGGCUGGUGUAGAAUCA